AUGGCUGCUUCAGCCGUCCAGUCGCUCAAGUGCGUAGUUACCGGUGACGGUGCUGUCGGCAAGACAUGUCUUCUCAUCUCAUACACAACGAACGCUUUCCCUGGCGAAUACAUCCCUACAGUCUUCGACAACUACUCGGCUAGUGUCAUGGUAGAUGGAAAGCCUAUCAGCUUGGGACUGUGGGAUACUGCCGGUCAGGAAGAUUACGAUCGUCUGCGGCCACUCUCGUACCCUCAGACUGAUGUCUUUCUCAUCUGUUUCUCCAUUGUCAGCCCGCCCUCGUUUGACAACGUCAAGGCCAAGUGGUACCCAGAAAUCGACCAUCACGCACCCAACGUGCCUAUUAUCCUGGUCGGUACCAAGCUGGAUUUGCGAGAGGAUCCCGCCACACUUGAGAGUCUUCGCUCCAAGAGGAUGGAGCCAGUAUCAUAUGACCAGGCUCUCGUCUGCGCCAAGGAGAUUCGCGCGGUCAAGUACCUCGAGUGUUCUGCUCUGACGCAAAGGAACCUGAAGAGUGUCUUCGAUGAGGCCAUCCGUGCUGUAUUGAACCCCAGACCUCAACAGACGAAACAAAAGAAGUCCAAGUGCACCAUCCUAUAG